CAUCGUACCUCCGGCUCAUCCCAUAUCCCAUUCCCAUCUCUUUGGAAAUACCAAAAAAAAGGUGCUCAAACGUUUGAGGCUCCGGAUGAUGAGGGCAGAUUCUCGGAAAGAAAACGAAAAAAAAUUUCCAAGUUGAAUUUUUUCCAGCGCCUUCGCGCCGGGCGACCUUAUUGGGCCACAUCUUGAGGCGUUAGCCGAUCGGCCACAAUUGGCCCCGUUUUCUAUGAUUAGCGUCGGCCUGCGAAUUUGACAUAGGCGCGAAGACAUCGGGCUCCACCUCCUUUCUGGGUGGAGCGUCGCUAGACAUUGUAGCGCAGCAUUUCUUCAGAAAUGCGCCACAGGGCGGGCUUUGCAGGCAAUAAAAUGGCCCGCCCACAGGUUUUCUGAUUUACUUUUUGCCACCCCCAAAAAAGCUCGGAAAAAUUACCCACUUUCAUACCCAUCGCAAAAAAUGCGUCAAACACGGGCGGAAAUUGAAGAGUUUGUCGGUCGCCGAAAAUUUUUUUGGAUUUUUUUUGGAAUUCCUUUGAAAUUUUUUUUUCGAAAAAUCGAUUUUUCACAUUUUGCAAAAUUCCCGCUUUAGCAUGAGUCGAACACGUGAUAGCGUGCGGAUUGGGGACAGUCGUUGUCGAAAACGCACGGAGCGCGCGACUUUCAAGGAUUUCGCAUGUGGUUGCUUGUGUUUUCUUCCAGGCCUGAAGCACGAGAAGCCCGCUAGUCACAUUCAAGCCAUACUGUUGCUCGUGUGUGAGGCUUGCGCGCAAUUUCUUUUCGGCCCGCCCCCAAACUUUUGUCCUGCGUUGAAAAUAUUUCGGUUUUCUUUCAAGCCCAAUCAUAAUCGGGGUCCCGGAACUUCAAAAACGUGAAGCAAUGCCUGGAGUCAGCGUCGCCAUCUCACUUGUGUUGCUGCUCGUCAGCGUUAACCAGGAAUUUUACGAAAAUUUGUUUUCCGAGCUCUGAUUUCUGGGUUUUUCCGAUAUGA